AUGGUAAAGAAAUCUCGAAAUGUUCAGAUUGGAACAAGAAGAUCUCCUCGACUGAAGAAAAUGAAUACUUCAGAAUACAAUGUUGAUGAUGUACCUCCACCUUCUGAGAAGGAUGAAGAGAAAACUGCCCCUGAAUCUGCUAGAAAAGAAGCAGAUAUGUCUGACAAUGAAAGUGCUGGACUUUAUUAUGGUGGACCUUCUGACGAGGACGAAGUCAUAUGUGAUAGUGGUGAAUAUGACAAAGGACCGCUAGAUUCAGCUACCAAACAACAAGAUAAGUCUGACACUGAAAUGGAAGACAUUUCUGAAGAUGAUAAGGACGUGUUGCCUGACGAGGAAACCAACACUGGAGAUGAUAAGGACGUGUUGCCUGAUGAGGAACACAAAACUGGAGAUGAUGAGGACGUCUUGCCUGAGGAUGAAACCAAAACUGGAGAUGAUCAGGACAUGUUGCAUCAGGAGGAAAGCAACGUUGGAGAUGAUCAAGAAUUGUUUAAUGCUCCUAGUUCCCCAAAACGUGGAGCUGACGAAUUGGAGGUAUGA